CCUAGGUGACACCAUGAAUCUAUUAUUGAGAACAUUUGUACUUGUGCAAAGUGUAUUUGUGUUAACGGAAAGUUACAAAAUUUUAGGUGUGUGUCCUAUGCCAGCACAUAGUCAUUUUACUUUGGAGUUUAGGCUAUUAAAGGCACUGGCCGAUCGCGGACAUGAAGUGGUUAGUAUUAAUAGUCAUCCACAGAAAGAGAAAAUUAAAAAUUUUCGGGAUGUGUCCGUUGAAGAAAUUGAAAAACCUCUAAGGGAGUUCAUUGCCGAAAUAUUUGAUUUCCCCAAAAUGCCGUAUAUCUCUCAGCUCUUGCGAAUGGUGGACUUCCGUAGAGUAGUGACGACACAUACAUUUAAAAACAAAAACGUCCAAGAUCUGAUGAAGUCAAACGAAACAUUUGAUUUGGUGAUAAUGUCACAUUUCGUCAAUGAUGCCAUGGUUAUUUUCGCACACAGAUUUAAAUGUCCCCUGAUAAUUUUAGCUCCUGGACCGGUUACUCCUUUUAACAAUUUUAUGUUCGUCAAUCCAACGCCAUCAUCAUAUGUGGCAAAUGUGUUGACAUCUUACGGCUCAGACAUGAAUUUCUGGGAAAGAUUGGAUAACACUUUCAAAAAUUUGCUUGCCGAAAUGGUCGUUCAUUACAGAUACCUUCCGUCGCAGGAUGCCAUUUUAAAAGAUGCCUUUCCCGAUUCCCCACCUUUAUCGUCUAUAAUUUACAAUGCCAGCUUAAUGCUUAUUGUAACAAACCCUAGUUUAGACGACCCAGUUCCUCUACAACCGAACAUUAAGGCAAUCGGAGGUUAUCAUGUGCUACCCCCGAAACCACUACCCAAAGACAUUCAAGAGUUUAUGGACAAUUCAACAGAAGGCGUAGUAUUUUUUUCAAUGGGAUCUAAUAUUAAAAGUUCUAACUUUACUUUGAAAGCCCGUAACGCAGUUUUGAAUGCAUUUUCAAAAAUUCCACAAAAGGUUUUAUGGAAAUAUGAAGAAGAUUUGACAGAGAAACCUGCAAAUGUAAAAAUUAUUAGCUGGCUACCUCAGAGUGACAUAUUAGCACACAACAAUACGCAGGUGUUUAUAUCGCAUGGUGGAUUACUUGGGACACUAGAAGCUAUUCAUUAUGGUGUACCUAUACUGGGCGUUCCAGUUUUCUGGGAUCAGGAAAGAAACAUAAAUUCCGUCGUCAAAAAAGGGUUUGGCUUAAAAUUAAUGUAUAAGGAUCUCGAAGAAAAAGCAUUUGAGAAAUCUCUGAAAGAAAUACUAAAUAAUCCUAAAUAUAUGGAAAAUGCCAAUAAACGAUCAAAAAUAUUUCACGAUCAACCAAUGAAACCAAUGGAUGAAGCGAUUUUCUGGUGCGAAUAUGUGAUACGGCAUCAAGGAGCUCCACAUCUACGGUCAGAGGCUUUAAAUCUCUACUGGUAUCAGCUCUAUUCCAUGGAUAUUGUCGCAUUUGUACUUGCAUGUCUUUUCGCUAUUUAUGUUGUGUUAAUGUUGUUCAUCAAACUUACUAUAAAAAGUAACAGAUAUGAUGAUAAAAAGAAAAAUAAAUGAAAGAAUGUAAACACA